UGGCGGCCAUAUUUGAAUUACUAUAGUAAAGCCAAACAAAAUGUUUCUGCAAAAAGUUGUAUAUUUCGGGACAUAGGACAGUUAUUUUACGAAAUAAUGUGAGACAUUCAAACAUGAAUAUUUGAAGAUCACGAUGUACAGCUUUGUGAUUCGGGAUGAGGGGAGUAGCGUCUAUACUGCCGUGGCGAAGUGUCUCAAAAAUUCAGAUAGAAAAAAAGAUUGGAAAAAAUUGGUAAACAUUGACUCCCCACAAUUCAAUGUGAUGUUUGGGGAACGAAGCAAACUACCUUUUGGGCGAUUAGGACACAGUGCUGGAUUAACUCAGGUAGUGAAUUAUUACAGAGGAUCUGGAUCUCUUUGCAGAAAGACAACUUUGGUAAGUACAUUGAAGAAAUAUUGCUUCACAGAUGGUAGUGAGCUCCCCGAGUGGGUUCCUCCAUCUUUCAUCAUAUACCCCCCAGGAGACACACCAUCAGACAAAGAGGCUCUUACCCUUAAAGAGCGUGUGAAGUCAGCUAAGCGUAAAGAUGAACGUGAAGAUUUCUUAAAGAAGUUUCAAGAAUAUAACGGAGACGUCCAAAACAUUUGGAUUGUCAAAUCAUCAUCAGGAGCCAAAGGUGAAGGGAUCCUAAUAUCUAAGCAGGCUGAGGAGCUUCUUAGCUAUGUAGAUAGACACAGUCAAGCUCAUGUAAUACAGAAGUACAUAGAGGAGCCUCUUCUACUGGAGGGUAAUAGAAAGUUUGAUAUCAGGUGCUGGGUGCUAGUCAACACAAACUUUGAAAUCUACCUUUACAAAGAGGGUGUAUUGAGGACAUCAUCUGAUCCUUACAAUCUUGAAGACCUCAAUGAUGUCACAGGUCACCUGACCAAUCAUUGUCUCCAAGAGCAACUAUCUUCACAUUAUGGCAAUUAUGAGCCUGGAAAUGAAAUGUUUUAUAAAGAGUUUGACAGGUACUUGCAGGACAAGUACAACACAAGGAUGUCAGACAGCAUCUUGCCUCAGAUUAAAGCCAUUGUCAGACAGUGCUUCCAAGCUGUAGAACAGCAAAUUAGCACAUCAGGCCUGAACUACAAGAGCUUCCAGUUAUUUGGCUUUGAUUUCAUGUUGGAUUCCAAUCUUAAGGUUUGGCUGUUGGAGAUCAAUGGUUCCCCUGCAUCUGCCAGUGCAUUACUGUCAGAUCUUGCUGAAGGCUUGAUACAGACUGCUAUAGAUCCAAUAUUCCCUCCAUCAGAUCCACCAUCAACUAUUAACAAUAAUUUUGAAAAAAUGUGAGAUCUGAAUUUUAAUCCAUCAAAUUCGACGGGGCAUUAUAUUGUGAUACAUUGGAAACUAUGGAAAACAGUGAUAUAAUGGUAAACAGUGAUGUGUGUGGGAAAACAAAUUCAGUAUAUUUGUAUAUAUUGGAAAACCGUGUUAUAUGACAAAGUGCAGUGGAAAAAAUAAAUAUGGAAAAACAGCGCGAUAUGCAAAGUUGUAAGAUGUGGAAACUGUGAUAUAUGGGAAAACUGUGAUAUGUGGAAAAACAGAUGCCAAUGACUGACUUAAUGCUUUUGACAUAACAAAAUGUGUGGCAUUAAAUGAUGUGUGAUUUGGAAAGUAUUACCUCAUUUUCUUCUACUGUAUCAUUAGUUAUUAACUUUUGAAAAAAUUUACACCAAUAAUAUAUACAAAUAUAUUUAUUACAAUGUAUGAACAAAACAACUUUAUUUUUGACUGUACAUUUGACUGUAGCUAUAGAGUCUCAUAAAUUGACAUCUCUUAAAAACUGUACUACUUGCUUAAAAUAAAGAACGUCUCAUAAGUCAUCAUUGAGUG